GGGCAAGGCGUUUCUCCUGCAAGCCUCUCUGUGCCCGGCUGGGAGGUGACGGCAGUGGGACAGGGCUGCUGGGGCCACCAGCUCCGAGGCGCUGGAGCAGAGCCUGGGCGGGUGCGAUAGACUGGAAGGGGAUCCGUGAGCACAUCCAGAUAGACCCGUGCUGAGUCACAGCUGGGAGGCCCCACAGCUUCCCCCUCCCUGCUGGCAGGUCCCGACGCACACCCCAUCGCUCCUCCCUGCUUCAAAAGGAAGGAAAGGGCAAGCCCCAGCCCUCCGCGGGGCGAGAGUGCAGCCGAGGUGCUUGAGCCUCUGAAAUCCUCCCCUCCCCGAGCUCUGCAGAGGACGGACCCACUCACCACAGCACCGAGCGGCCAGCGGUCCCUCCCCACACCACGGGAUGGAGAGCCGGCAGCACAACGCCACCAAGGAGCCUGAGAUCGAGCUGUUUGUGAAGGCCGGUCUGGAUGGAGAAAACAUCGGAAACUGCCCCUUCUGCCAGCGCCUGUUCAUGGUGCUGUGGCUCAAAGGGGUCAAGUUCAAUGUCACCACAGUGGACAUGACCAGGAAACCUGAAGAGUUGAAAGAUUUAGCACCGGGCACCAACCCACCCUUCUUGCUGUUCAACAAGGAGCUGAAAACAGACUUCAUAAAGAUCGAGGAGUUCCUGGAGCAGACCCUGGGCCCACCCAUGUACCCGCACCUCAGCCCCAAGUACAAGGAGUCUUUCGAUGUGGGGAGCGACAUCUUUGCCAAGUUCUCAGCAUACAUCAAGAACCCACGCAAGGAAGCAAAUAUCAAUCUGGAGAAGGCCCUGCUGCGGGAGUUUCAGAGGCUGGAUGUCUAUCUAAACACUCCUCUCCCCGAGGAGAUUGACCAGGACAGUGUGGAGGAUAUCACCGUCUCCAAGAGGAAAUUCCUGGAUGGAGACCACCUGACGCUGGCCGAUUGCAACCUCCUGCCCAAACUGCAUAUCAUCAAGAUCGCAGCCAAAAAGUACCGUGACUUCGAGAUCCCAGCGGACAUGACAGGCGUCUGGCGCUACCUCAACAAUGCCUACGCCUGCGAUGAGUUCAGCCACACGUGUCCCGCAGACGAGGAGAUAGAGCACACCUACGCCAGCGUCGCCAGGAAGAUGACCUAGCCCUGCUCGGGAUGUGCGGGCAGCGCUGCCCCUGGCCGAGCCCUCGACCUCCGCAGUCCUGACACAACCGAACAGCGGUUGAAGGAGGGACUGGAGGGGGUUUAUGGCAUUGCUACCUGCCGCCUUUCAGAAAUAGCGCCUUGCUUCGCAGCCCCCUGCUGCUCCCUCUUCCUCCUCCGCCGGCUGGCUGCAGCCCCUGUGCACCAUCAGUGCCGACCACGUGUACCAACCUGUCCCUGUGCGGCUGCAGUGGCAACUGCACCCUUACUCCCUGAAAACCAGGCUCACAGUCCGUGACCAUGGGGCAUGGGAAAACCCGAGUGCUAGCCUUCCACAGCAGCACUUUGGAAGAGAUGAGACCCCAAAUGGCUGGGCCAGCCCUGCCUCCCCGUCUGCCACUGGAGCUGCUCUGCUCUGCCAGCCCUGCGCGGUCCCAGCCAUCCUGCUCGCUGGGACAUCCCGGGAUCCCAGUGCAUCACAGGGACUGGAGCUGUUUGAAUUUACCUGGUCGCCCUUCUGCACAGCACCCUGCGUUUGGGCAAGCCCUCUCUUCCACCAAGCCAUUCAAGCUCCAUCUGAAGAUACUGAAUAGCUCUGCUCCCGGUGGUUUAUCGCAGUGACAAGUUGUUCUCACUGCUAGAGAGUUGUAACGUGUGCCUAACUCCCCAUUAGGACAAGCGGGCAAGAAGAUGCUGGGGAUGACGCCUGGUGUGAAAGUGCCAGGACCUGCAGGAGGAGGGAAGCAGGGGUGGGAGGACUCAUGAAAGGAUGAGGAUGGAGGGCUGAGGAUCAGAGGAUCCCUCCCAUGUGUGCCAGCACCCAGGGCCAUGUGCUGCUGGCUGCAAGGUCCCACCUGGCUCCUGUGAGCUAAGAAACCUCUCCCUGCCUCACAGGGCACUGCAGGAGAUGCAGCCAUGUGCAGCUCCAGCUCUACCAUCCCCUCCCCGGUCCCCACCAAAGCUUCAGGUGCCUGACUGGGAGAUGGAGGCCUGGGGUAGGGCAUCUAUCUGGUUUCCACACCCCAGUGCCAGACAGCCUAAGAGAUUAGGGAAAAGCUGCUUUGCAAAGCACUGUGUCUGUAGGAGAUAGGUUGUCAGGUUUGGUGCUCCCCGGCUCAGCAUUGUGCCUUCCUGUCCAGUGUUGCUGAUGCAAGAGGAGUCAAAGCUGCUCUGCUGCACAGCCAUGACAUUCCAUCCUCCCCCAUCUGAUACCUCCAGCUCCCCCAAGGGCUCCUGCCUGUGUAUUCAGCCAGCUCUCCCCAGCCAGCCCUGCAGGCAAAAAAUACUGUACAGUGAGUGUGGUGGGUCCUGCGGGGACACGGUGACGGCAGAGCCCCCACCAGCCUCACUGCCACUUCCCUCUUUGCACUAAAAGCUGUGUCCUCGCAAGCCUGCCUCUGAUAGCACUGGGUUUGGGGACUGGUUUUGUUGUUAAUGGGUUUUGGUUUGUUUGGUGGUGUUUUAUUUUUUUCUUUUUUUUUAAACUGAGAAUGACAAUAAACUAUAUUUUAAUAUGC